GCUCGGAGCUGCAGAGAUGUGCGCGAGGUGUGUUAGCAUCAGCAACACACAGCGAGAAAACACAGGGCACGAGACUUCUGCGGUGUUUUUACCGCCUAAUGUGAUCGGAAGACGCCUCGGGUUCGUUGUUUACAGAAGUCGGAGGAAGGCUAAAAAGAAAUGCUGCAGUUUGAGACAUUGCUUCUGAGACAGUUGCAGAAGCAGCAGAACAGGGAUGAAUUCUGUGACACUGUCCUACACACUCAAGGUGUGUCAGUGCCAGUACAUAGCUGUGUGCUGUCUGCCUUCAGUCCCAGGUUCUAUGGCACUCUAUCCUCCAUGCCAGUGCCCAUGGCUGGGCAGAGACGGCUAAUCGAGCUCCAGGCUGUGGAUGCCUGCACACUACUCAGCUUGAAUGACUCUACACGCAAGCGCAGACCAAGAGGUCGUCCUCGUAUACGCCCGCUUCCUCCGGCUUCCCGCAGUUUCUCAACACAGCUAACAUCCAAACAUGGCACUGUGGAUCCUACAGAACUUGACCUGUUACACACUGUGACCCCCGUGUCGGCUGCUCACACAGAGCCCAUUCAGCCCAUUGACACACUUCUCGACGACAUAAUGACAGGUCUUCAUUUUCUACCUCCAGCCGAAAGUCAAACCCAUCAACAUGGUCUCAUGAGCGCCACAACAUCCAGUGGUCCACCAGUUUCAAAGGCUACGUAUCCCAGCGGUCAUUUUGCGAAGCCCACAGAUCCAAAGCAGCAUUUGGAAGGAGAAAUUGGUGACAUUCUCGAUCACUUUCUGAGGACCUUUGAGCAGCAAGUCGGUGGCUGUGGUUUAGUUGUGGGAGAUGAGACCUUACAAGGCAAUGACAAAUCAGACACCAGCACAGGUCCAUGGAGCAACACUUCUAAAACAUUUACACAAACACAACCUGACAAUCUUCAUCACGAAACACCACAAGCAAACCUUUUACACACCACAAGCACACUGAGCGGUGAACUGCAGUCAACGGUGAACCCAUCGGUAGCCGGAACAAACAAUGCCCAAGAUCGCCAAAUACGUAGGUCGAAAGUGAAGAAAGCGUCCAGAAACCAGAACAUUUUGCAACAGUUUGAAAACCGAAGGCUGACUCGGAGUCAGAGCAAGAAGAGAAAACUGGAAACUGCUUUAAUUAGUCUCCAAAGCCCAAUUAAGAAGAAGUGCAAAGAAAAACAGACUGCUGGCACUAGGAAGAAAAGGCAAAGGAACGGUCAAGGGCAAUCUGAAGCACAUGUGAACAAAAGUAGAGUGAAAAACCUGGACAAAAACAAUAAGGCUACAAAGGUUUGCCAGGAUAAAAGUCAAAAACCAACAAGAAAGAGGAGACUUGAAGAGAACAGAUUUGGUAGAAACAAGAGGAGUGUUGACAAUAGAAGACAUAUCAUGGAUGGUUUUAAUGAAAGGGAGAAGAGCCACCGAAAAGGACGACCCAGAAUUAGCUGUGGUGAGAUGAUGAAGAAGGUUAGACGCGAUCAUGUAGAGACAGAACCGAAAUCUAAUAGUUUCCAGGCUGACCAGUCAUCUGUAAAGAGCCCAAUACGUGGAGCCUGUAUUAAGAUAGCUUCUUCAGCUAUGGAGAAGGUCCGAAUGCUUUUACAGCUCCGCGAAGAAGAGGAUGAAAGGGCAAAUGAGAGUGUGGGAAUACACCAGGAAAAUAAUGCAGGUAAUGGAGGAUUGGUCAAUCAUAAAUGCGUAUCUGGAGCUGAAGAAAGACUAACAGCUGAAAACAGUUGGCAAGGUCAUCUGGAAGAGAUUCGGGGGUCAGAAGAUAGGAGAAUAAUGGUUAAUGGAGAGUUUGAGGGACAGGAGAGCAGAAACAGUGUAGUAGAAUUGAGUCAGAGGCGAGAUGACAAAAGACUGAGGACGAAAGAAAAGACGACUGAAGUACGCAGAGCACUCUUCCGGCUGAAUCUGCCCUCAAAAACAGGUAAAGAAGGGAACAAAGACAUUCAGGAUAAAAUCAGCACUACAGAAUCAGUCACAAACAUAUUAGGUUCAUGUCCGAGAGAACCAGGUGUACGUUUGCUCCCGAGUGAAGUUGUGCCACUUUUUACCCAAAACACCAUGCACAGAGCGGACGACUUAUCUCUGAACGUAGGAGAUGCGCCUCGGCUCACGUCUGCCGCACGACUCUCGCACACGCAACCCUGCCAAGAGCUUCACAGCCCACACACAUCCACAAAAGACUCGCAGCAGUUGGCAUGGUGUUCUGUAGAUGAAGACGAAGAUGUGGAUGUGCUGGAGGUGUCCAGCCCAAACUCUGAGCUGCCUGCUGUGAUCGUGGAGGUGGAUUCGAGAACCGAGGAGGAGGAAGUUGAAGAAGAUUUUGAGAUUGAUGUGCUUGGUCUAGAACCAGAUUAGCCAUGCAGAUUUACUUGUGCUAUUCCGGACCCCACACACUCCACAGCUGUGAUUUGAGUUCAUGGAGGGAACAGGUAUACAAAUCAAGCCCUGCAUAUUUUUAUAUGUCAGUCCGCUUCUCCACACCUGAGGUUUGAUGUUGUACUUCACAUCAUGUCCGUAACCACACGAGAAGGUUUAAGUUUUAUUUGUUUUAAGUCAGAUAUGCUGAACAUUAUUCCAUUUGGUUUUGUUUUAAGACCAUAGUGGCAGAAUGAGAAUGGACAAAGUGCAAGAUUUGUAUUUAAUCAUUUUGACCUUUUGCAGGUUUAGUUUAUUAUGUUAAACUUCGAGCUUUAAGCCAGAAGUUCUACAUGUAACUGUUGUGUGUCUGUUGCAGCACUGUUUAUGCGCCUAUAACGUUAAACUACUACGCUAAUUUUCUCAGCGUUCAGCAAUUUAUGUUGUUUGUAAAAUUUUGUUGUGUUAAAAGAUUAAAAAUAUCGAUUUGUAAUUUUUACUGUGUAAUGUUUGUGUUGAGGUUGGGGGUUAAGGAUGAAAUGGCACUAUUUGAGCCAGUGAGUUAAGCCACGCCCCAUUUUCUGAACAAUUUUGUGCGAAAAGAUUCUGGUAAUAAUUCAGUUUAGUGAUCAAACAUCGGGAAAACUUAGUCGACAACUCAGCCUCCAUUGCAUCAGGAUUUACACCAAUCAGCCAUAACAUUAUGAGCAGUGAGAGGUGAAGUGAAUAAGACUGAUUAUCUCCUCAUCAUGGCACCUGUUAGUGGGUGGGAUAUAUUAGGCAGCAGGUUAAUAUUUUGUUCUCAAAGUUGAUGUGUUGAAAAAUGGGCAAGUGUAAGGAUUUUUAGCGAGUUUGACGAAGGGCCAAAUUGUGAUGUCUAAACGACUGGAUCAGAGCAUCUCCAAAACUGCAGCUCUUGUGGGGUGUUCCCGGUCUGCAGUGGUCAGUAUCUAUCAAAAGUGGGAAGGAACAGUGGUUGAUGCACGUGGGGAGCGAAGACUGGCCCGUGUGAUCCGAUCGAACAAACGAGCUACUGUUGCCCAUAUUGAUGAUGAAGUUAAUGCUGGUUCUGAUAGAAAGGUGUCAGAGUACACAGUGAAGGACGGGUCAGGGCUGUUUUGGCACCAAAAGGGAAACUAACACAAUAUUAGGCAGGUGGUCAUAAUGUUAUGCCUGAUCGGUGUAUGUGAGGACCCUUGGUUUUUUUUUUUGGUCACAUUAUAACAGUAAUUGAUCCGGCACAACCUUUUCUUAUCUAAAAGUACAGCACCAGAAAGAGUGGAACUUUGAGGUCAGUUAUUUAAAUUGUAAUGUGUGUACAGGAUGUAAGCUAUUUUAUCAAGCUUUUAGUCUGCUAUAUCAUGUCAUAUGGUAAGUGAUCUCUUAAGUAAUCAGAUCAUGAUCAGUUGUGAUCAGAGUUUCCCAGGUU